CUCCCCCUCUCUCUCUCUGUCCCAGGUGGCCCAUUUCUCUAAAUAUGGCCUCCAGGACUCUGACGAGGAGGAGGAUGUCCCGCUCAAAGCCGACCCCAAGAAGCUGAAGACGAUGUCACUUCCUCCCAGCAGGCCCCCCUCCCAGCAGCAGGUGGUGCCACAGGCUCAGUCUGCUGUUGCCGUGGAGAUCACAGGAGGCGUGGCCGAGCUGGACAGCGACAUGGCUGACAUCACCCAGAGCUUCCCGACAGAGAGCAUGCUGGGAGGAGAGGACGACGACCUGCCGGCGUUGGAGACGGACUGGACGAGCGGGAAGCUCGGGGGUCCGAUCCCCGCCGAGCAUGACGGCGUCUCUGCGUCCGGCCACAUGGCGUCCUCUCUGGGGAUCAACCCUCACACCCUCCAGAUCAUGAAGGCGUCUCUGUUCGCUGAGGAUGAGGAGAGCGACAUGUUUCAGGACCAGAGAGCGAUGAAGGUCGACGUCUCGUCUCCUCGACUCGUCGUACCGGGAACUCAGAGCCGACCCUCCGUGGGGGGUCUCCUUCAGGCUCGGUUCACCUCCGGCCUCUUCUCUCAGAUGUCUGACUCUCCUCCUCUGACUCGGGGGUCUCCGGCAGCUAAAGAGCCCCCCCACUCGUCUCACUGGGCCGGGCCGGGACCCUCGUCCUUCCUGCUGCCCCCCCGAACCCCGGAGCCUUCGGUCAGGACGGUCGGCGUCCGGCGGCUGGGCGGCCCCGUGGCCCUCAAGGAGUCGGUCACUCAGGGGAAGGGGAGUCUGCUGAUGGACGCCGGCUUGUUUGCGGGUCGCUCCUUCCGGGUGGGUUGGGGUCCCGGCUGGACGCUCGCUCACUGCGGCCACCGGCUGAGCUCACCGCCGGCUGAGCGGCUCGACCGCCGAGAACUCACCAAGACGGACUUCAGCUUCCUGCCCAAACCCGCCCGCAGCAAACCGCUCACAGAGAGCCCCUAUAAGGUGGUUCUGGAGCAGCUGGUGGGUCUGGAGCCUCCAGUGAAGUCCAGCGAGGAGGAGGAGGAUGAUGAUGAUGAAGAGGAGAGCCGGUCGGUGCUGCAGCGCCCCCUGGAGAUCUGUCUGAAGCACAGCACCAUCGACUCCACCGACGCCUCCGCCUGCCCGCUGGUCCGACCGCGGCCCGGCGUAGCGGCGCUGCACGAGUACGCCGAGUGGAUCCGAGAGCUGAGCGAGCAGCAGGGAGACGCCGAGCCCCUGCUGGGUUACUGGUCUGAGGUCUGGACCCUGUGUGAGGCCCUGUGGGGCCGGCUGGGCCCAGCCGACCCGGAGAUACCCGACGAGUACGAGCAGCAGCUGGAGAGGAGGCGGACCUUCUCGGCCUGGCUGUCCCGCGGAGCCGCCCGCCGGGUGGAGGAGGAGGUGGCGCUGGUGGCGAAGGGUCGUCACACGGACGCCAUCUUCAGCUACCUGACAGGGAACCGCAUCAGUGAGGCCUGUCGACUGGCUCAGAAGGAAGGAGACCACCGUCUGUCCCUGCUGCUGUCCCAGGCCGUGGGCUCUCAGUACUGCAGAGACCUGCUGGCCCUCCAGCUCGCUGACUGGAACCGCAUGCAGACGGACAGCUACCUGCCCGAGGAACGGCUGCGCAUCUUCACGCUGCUCUCCGGGAAACCCGUGUGGCAGUCCUCUGACUCUGUGGUGAACGUUUGCUCCGAGCUGGACUGGAAGCGCUGCGUAGCCGUUCACCUCUGGUUCAUGUUGCCUCCUACGGCCUCCGUAGCCGACGCCCUCAAAGGAUAUGAAGACGCCUUCCAGGGCUCAUGUGAGGGGGGGAAGUACGCCUGCCCCCCCCCUUCCUCCGUACAUGGAGGCGGAGCCGGCGGACAUGGAGGAUGAGGAGGCGGAGCCUAAAUGGCCGCUGCACGACCUCUGCUUCCACCUGCUCAAACUCUACAGCGACAGACACUACAGCCUGCAGCAGCUGCUGGACCCUCUGACCGUCACCUGGGAGCGUCUGGACUACCGUCUGAGCUGGCACCUGUGGGGCGUCCUGC